UAUGGAUGAAGGAGACGUAACGCUGAAUGUGCCCAAAGGGGAACCAGAAGCCAUAGCGAUAUGGAGCUGUGUAACCUUGCUCCUUUCCAUUGGGGGAAGUCUUAUCAUCCUGGUAGGUUCCAUGAGACAUCAGGCUAUCAAACUGAACAUCAUGUCAACCACCCUCAUCAAUCACAUUGCAGUGGCAGACAUGGGAUUUGCAGUUUUCGUCAACGGACCUAUUUUGCUGGCUGUGCUGCUGAGGAAAUGGGUCUUUGGGGACUUUCAUUGUAAACUAACAGAACUGAUAGCCCAGUUUUUUUGCUUUGCAGAUUUCAAUAUGAUCUGUGCAUUUGCUAUCAGCAAGCUUCUUUACCUCGUGUACCCACUUAAAGCAUGGUCACAAAAGCAAGCUCGAAUAGCUGCGCUAAUUCUCUGGACUCUAGCUACUGUCCCUUCUGUUGAACAUGCAAUAUUUAUUAACACAGGGCUCCAGACAUACUCAAACUUUACCUACGGCGACGUCUACCAUUGUACACUCGUGACAGAUGAUGGCUCCGACAGAGUUGCUUGGGUUGACAAAGUUCAAAGUUUCAUAUUGAUGGUGAUUCCUUCUUUUCUUACGGGCGGAGCUGCGGUCUGGAUGCUGAUGAUAGUCCGGAAAGUACAGGGGCUUAACAGACAAGCUGUCUCUACUGUUGUGCUAGUUACUUUAGUUUAUUUCAUAACUUGCUUGCCCAUCGGAUUACUUUACAUAUUUAACUUGCAUGAAUUUAAAGUAUUUAGACAGUUUGCUUAUUUUAUACCUUUCCUCAACAGUUCAGCAAAUGCAUUAAUUUACUACGGUUCGAUCAAAAGUUUUAGAAUAUACAUUGAUAGGGGAGCAAGAAGAUUAUCGUCUAACUUUUCUAACUACGCUGUAACAAUAGGUAAUUGUGAUGUGACCAUGGGUCGAGACCCACAGUUAGGUGUGCUGAGAGAAAUUUAAAAAACAGUGCUUACUUUUUAAUUAUAGCUCGGUUUUAAUACAAACAUUUUAGUUUCCAUGAAAAAAUUGAUUGUGUAUUUUCAUUAAAAAUUACUAACCGUGACAGUCAGUUUGUGUUUAUUUGUUCUUUAGUGUGCCAAUUGAAUUUGAUAACAUUUGUUUCUUUUAUAAAUUCAUUAAAGUUGAAAAUUGUAAAUUAUUGUUUUAUGCGUUAAAAUUAAUGUAUGAGUGAGUUUAAGUUUUUUAGGUCGCAUCAAAUUCGAUUUUUUGCCCGAUUUCUGUAGUCUUAAAAUCACCUGAAUUUUGUUUCUGAUAAAAAACAGUCCCGGUACUAG